GCUGACUGCGGCUGCAUGGGCAAGAUGGCUGCGGAGCAGGGCGCGCGGGUUAUCCGGCCCGGGCCUGGAGCCGGGCUGGGCAAGGUGGUGCGGGCUCUUCCGCUGCUAUUGUGUUUUGCCGCCCGCAGCAGCGCUCUCUACUUCCACAUCGGGGAGACAGAGAAGAAAUGCUUUAUUGAGGAGAUUCCGGACGAGACCAUGGUCAUAGGUAACUACCGGACGCAGCUGUAUGACAAGCAGCGGGAGGAAUACCAGCCGGCCACCCCCGGGCUUGGCAUGUUCGUGGAAGUCAAGGACCCGGAGGACAAGGUCAUCCUGGCCCGGCAGUAUGGCUCUGAGGGCAGGUUCACUUUCACCUCCCAUACCCCUGGCGAGCAUCAGAUCUGUCUUCACUCCAAUUCCACCAAGUUCUCCCUCUUUGCUGGAGGCAUGCUGAGAGUUCACCUGGACAUCCAGGUGGGUGAACACGCCAAUGACUAUGCAGAAAUUGCAGCCAAAGACAAAUUGAGUGAGUUGCAACUACGAGUGAGACAGCUGGUUGAACAAGUGGAGCAGAUCCAGAAAGAGCAGAACUAUCAGCGGUGGCGGGAGGAGCGCUUCCGGCAGACCAGCGAGAGCACCAACCAGCGCGUGCUGUGGUGGUCCAUCCUGCAGACCCUCAUACUCGUGGCCAUUGGCGUCUGGCAGAUGCGGCACCUCAAGAGCUUCUUUGAAGCCAAGAAGCUUGUGUAGCCAUCCCAGGCUUUACAGGCCAUCCUUCCUCCCUGGCUGGGGGAGAAAGGACCUCCUGGAACUGAUCCUCUCUGGCAGGAGGAGUAUUCCCAGUCCUGGAUGCUCUGAGGGGGCAAGGGGCUGCAGGCACCCCAGGCACAAGCUGAGGGCAGCAGCUUGGCUAGCUGAUACUUAGCAGGUGGUGGGGCAAAUGCCUGCCCCCUCCCCUGGGCUCUGGGCCCUGUGCAGUAAUCACUCAGGGGCUGGUGAAACCUCUAAGAGCCCCAAUGACAUCUCAGAGUCACAGUGUUACUGAUCAGGGAUAUGGGCCUACUGUCUGGGAUUGGAGGGGUGGGGGAGGGAUGUGGGCAAGCCAGUCUUUCUUCUGUCUUCCUUUGCUAACUGGGGACUUUGAGCAGGUUGGGGCAUGACUGACUUUCUGCCACCUUGAUAUCCUCACUGUUCCCUCCUUUGCCCUACACCCAGCCUGCUGAUCCAGGGUGUGUGUCAGUUGAGGGGAUCGAGGGGGUGGCAGUGUGGAAAAGUGGCCCUGAGGCUGACCCCGACUUCUUCACAUGGUUUGUCUUUUGGGGGGUCAGAGGAACCAGGAUCAAAUCAAACAGGCCUUGGUGCUGGUUGGAGAUGGGUCCUGCAGGAUCUUAGUUUCAACAAGUCUAAAUUUGUUGUGUUGGUUUCCCAAUUAAAAAAAAAAAAAUUGA